AUGUCAAGAAAUAUUAACAGACUGAUUACACAGAUUAUUCGUCAGCCACCGGCGCCGCUAUGUAUUUCAUUGAGGUUAUACGCAAGGUGGUCUCACAGAUCCCCUGCAAAAGUUUUGUUACCUUACAAAGAAAACCCAAAUCUUAAAAAAGAGAAGAUCAUUGACUUAUCUAAAUCAAUGGUCGAAGGAUCUCCUUCCAAAGUUAAAAAGUCACACGAGAAAGAAAGUGUUCUUAAUAUCGACGACGAUGAUGUUGAACAGCUUGAGUUGCGUAGACAAUCUACUCUCCCGCCCGAAAAAUCCACACAAAUUAAACAAAAACGGGAAGAAAAUUUGAAGAAACGUAAGUUCUAUCUCAGCCAACAGAAAGUAUUAGAUGAUAAAGGCGAUAUUAUCUAUGAAAAGUUAAAAGAAAAUGAUGGGCGCGUAAGCACCAUGUUAGUGAAGCUGAAAUCAAAAAAAGAAAGAUUGAGGUCUGGACAGACAUUGGUGGAAGGUUGGAGACUCAUCACAGAUGGGUUGGAGGCUAACUGUAAUCUAAAGUAUGUCAUCUUCAGUAGAACAGAUGAACUGUAUAGAUUAAAACCAUUUUUGCCUAAAACUGGUGUUGUCUUCUACAAAGUAUCUUAUAAGGAGAUGCAGCUCUGGUCUGAUGUUGAAACAAGUCCAGGUAUUAUUGGUAUAUUUGAAACUCCAACUCCAGAGAAAGUAAAGAUGUUAUCAAAACCUCUACCACUUCACUUUAUCUGUGACAACAUUAGAGUGCCGGGGAAUUUGGGAGCCAUCUUGCGUGUGGCUGUGGGUGCUGGCUGUGAGAAAGUUCUACUAUCAAAAGGUUGUGUGGAUGUAUGGGACCCUAAGGUCAUAAGAAGUGCAGCUGGAGCUCACUUCAGGCUCCCAAUAUACCAUUCCCUAGACUGGAAUGAAAUCUCUACUCAUCUUGAACAAAACACUUCCAUAUUUGUUGCUGAUAGCAACACUACAACUACAAAUGAUGAUAACAGUGAAGAAGUAGAAAGUUUUGCAAGAAAUCAGUUGCCAGUAUUGCCAUAUUAUGGUGUGGAUUUUUCCACUUUACCUCAUACCACCUUAAUAAUUGGUGGAGAAACUGAGGGAAUAAGUCAUUAUAGUUAUUCGUUAGCAACAACAAAAAAUGGCGUAAGACUAAAUAUUCCCUUACAAAGAGGCGUAGACAGUUUGAACACUGGAAUGGCAACAGCAGUAAUAGCAUUUGAAAUCAGAAAACAACUCAUACAAAAUUGGACUAAGGAAAAACUAGCAAGGCAAAUGUUGCAAUCUAAUUAG